GGCACAUAUAUUUAGGCUACAUCUGGUUCAUUCCGACACCAAGAAGCAUAGAUAGAAUCUACCUGAAGUUGUGUUGGCUGUAUUUUUUCAUUUUCAUUUUAUUAUUAUUAUUAUUUUUUAUUUCGUUCUCCCCAGCAGCCCAUGUAAGGCUGCAGCAGCGCAUACAGUACGUUCAGGUUUUAAUUGACAAUCAUCACUGCCUGGCUGCUGUCUGUUGUUCAGAUGUUGGGAGACAAGGCUCAGGGUGUGACUUUGAAGGUAAUGGAAUACACAUAUGAUGAUGACCUUGAAGAGCUGUGUCCUGUUUGCGGAGACAAAGUGUCGGGAUAUCACUACGGUCUGCUCACCUGCGAGAGCUGCAAGGGCUUCUUCAAGAGGACAGUGCAGAAUAACAAGAGGUACACGUGCGCGGAAAACCAGGAGUGUAAAAUAGACAAGACCCAGAGGAAGAGAUGUCCUUUCUGUCGCUUCCAAAAAUGCCUCAACGUCGGCAUGCGGCUAGAAGCGGUGCGUGCAGAUCGUAUGCGUGGGGGGAGGAAUAAAUUUGGCCCAAUGUACAAGAGAGACAGGGCCUUGAAGCAGCAGAAGAAGGCUUUGAUACGAUCCAACGGGUUCAAGCUGGAGAGCUCUGCCCCUCCGCCGGCCUCUCCUCUGCAGACUGACUACAGCUUUACUGGCACUCUGCACACACUGCCCACCAUCUCCAAAAGUCUGCUACCCUCCACCCCGAGCUCCAUCACUCCCACAGACUACGAUGUCAACCUUUAUGGACCCACAUCCUUGGGCAUGGCCAUGCAGUCCCAUGUACCUCUCAACCCACAGUACCAGUACACAGCCUUUCCCAGCAGGGCAAUAAAAGCUGAGUGUCCAGAUUACACCAGCUCCCCUGAGUCCCUGACAGGAUACCCCUACCCAGACAUGUACCCCUCGGCCUCACCUCAGCCACCCAGCCUGCCGCCACUGGUGCUGGAGCUGCUGCGCUGUGACCCAGAUGAGCUGGUGGUGCAGAAUAAGAUCGUGACUCAUCUGCAACAGGAGCAGAGCGGCCGGGGCCGGCUGGAGAAGCCCAGCACCUUCAGCCUCAUGUGCCGCAUGGCAGACCAGACUCUCUUCUCCAUCGUGGAAUGGGCUCGGAGCUGCAUCUUCUUCAAGGAGCUGAGGGUGGGAGAUCAAAUGAAGCUGCUUCACAACUGCUGGUCUGAACUUCUGGUUCUGGAUCACAUUUUCAGACAAGUGCAGCAUGGAAAGGAGGACAGUAUCCUGUUGGUGACGGGCCAGGAGGUGGAAAUGUCUUCUAUCCUUCUGCAAGGUGAAGCAACUCUGUCCAGUCUGGUCCAGAGAGGUCAGGAGUUGGCAGCGAGGCUGCGGGUGCUGCAGGUCGACCGUAGAGAGAUCGCCUGUCUGAAGUUCCUGCUUCUGUUCAAUCCCAAUGUUAAGCUGCUGGAGAACCAGGCUUUUGUGGAGGGCGUCCAGGAACAGGUGAACGGCGCUCUGCUGGAGUACACCCUGUCCACCUACCCUCAGUUCCAGGACAAGUUCAGCCAGCUGGUGGUCCGGCUGCCUGAGCUGCGCUCCCUCAGCACACAGGCUGAAGACUACCUUUGCUACAUGCAUCUGAGUGGAGAGGUGCCCUGCAACAACCUGCUCAUUGAGAUGCUGCACGCGAAGAGAGCAUGUGUGUGAGAGGUCCAUGCAGAACGUUCCACCACCAUGUGUUGUAUGUAUAGGUGAGACCGUAUUUGUGGAGGGAAAAGUGUGAAGAGAUGGAAAAAUCAAAGAUAAACAGGUUCACCCUGUAAUGUCUUUGCUAGGGCUUCUCUUUGAGUUGGAACGGAGAUGUUAAUUAGAGUUUGGAAUUAACAGGCAAGAUAAUUCAAAGAUUUUGAAUGUUACUGUUUUCAUAUCCUGCACAGCUACUUUAAUGUGACCUUUAUAAACUGGAUUUUCUACCCUGUUUUCAAACAUCUAAAAUUGGAUCUGUGGGUGGAGUUACAUUAUGUACUUUUUGACUAGAUAUAACAUAAAUCCAACACUGAUGACCAGAUUUUCUACAUUCCACAGCUAAGCCUCCCAACUAAUGUCUGAAUUUGGAAAAAGAGUCUCCAACUGACACCAAGCUUAGCGGCCAUUUAAACACGAUUUCCAGGAGAGUCUCUUGUUUUUUUCUAAUAUUCACAUCUGUGUAUUUGUUAAGUAUCACAGCAGAACACUUUAUGGUGCCACUUUGUUGAAGGGGUGAGACUAUUUGCUGGGUGAUCUUCUCUGCACUUUUAUGAAAAGAUUUUGUAGCCUCCUUUCAGACAUCAAAAAUUAGUAUAACAGUGAGUCUUAAUGAACCCAGUUUUAGAGGCAAAACUGAUCACAGAUUAUUUUCAUUACAUGAGAAAGGACUUCAGAAAAACAUGACACUCAUCUCAUCAGACCAGAUGAGACCACAGUUAUCGUCUUCAGCUUGAUUGAAAACCUAAAUAGAAAUGCUUAAUGGGGCUCAGUGAAGUUUGGUUUCAAUCUGCUAACUUAGAAGUGAUUUACCAAAGCAGACUUUUAAUGAAAAACAUUGCUAUUUAGGUGAGUAUCAAAUGUUUUCUAAGAAAAUAGAGAUUGAAAGAAGAUUUUCUUCUUUGUUCCAAGGACGAGAUUGAAGCUCAGAGAGGAUCUUGUUUUUCUGUUGCGGCACUGAAUUGAUGGAACGGGUUACCUCUACAUGUAAGGCAGGCUUCGUCACUGUUUUCUUUUAAAUUUUAUUUAAAGACCCAUCUUUUCUCUUUGGCACAUCACGAGUUGUUUUUUUGUAUGUGAGUUAUUGUGAUUUGUGCCAGUGUUUUAUGUCACAUAUACCCAAUGUACAGCACUUUGGUCCGCCAUUGUUGUUUUUAAAUGUGCUUUAUAAAUAAAUUUGGAUUUAAAGAAAAGGAUCAUAGAGAAAACAGCCAGAAUAGAGGAGAAAUGUACACAGCAAUGAUUUGUCAGAUUAAAAAAGAAAAAAAAAAGAAGGAAGAAGUGCAAGUCAGGCCAGAUAGGAGCAGAACGAGGAGGGGAAAUGUUAACGUUGAUAUAAAUAACAUGGGGGGCAGUUUGUCUUUUUUUAAUUAAAGAAGUGAAAAGCGAACAGAGGCAUGUGUAAUGCUUGUCCUUCAGUUUUCAAUGGCGACGCAGGGAGAAGGGCAGCCACAUAUGGAUUCCUAGUUCGUUUCUUUUGAUUGGGCGGAUCAGAAACCAGUCAACCAAUUAGCUCACUUACAUUUGUGUCACUUUUUAACACCCUGAACUUACAUGGACCAGAGAUGAACUCAUCUUAGUGGAUAAAGCUUGAUGCUGACGCCAUUUUGGGCUAAACCUUCUGUUUUCCUUGCUGCAAACUAAUUAAAGAGCAAAAACCAACGAUGUGACGAAAUCUGCUGGGUUUUUAUCACUGAAUACGAUGACA